AUGAACAUAUUCCAUAUUAAUUCAAGUGGACAACAAUACGUCAUUCUCUUCAAACAGCACAAUUAUAAUAAGGAACAUAAGAAGUCAGCGGGUUGUGCUGUUCCUAUUUGUGUAAUUGGCGAUAAAUAA